AUGUCACAAGAAACAGAUAAUGAGAGAAAACCAUUACUUCGAAGUCCUUUUUACAAUCCGAAUUAUAUACCAAAUAAUAAUAACCGUCAAUCUUUUAGCUUAUUAAAAAUUUUGGGACUUGGAUUUAUAGUUGUAACAACAUUAUUGCUGUCAAUUAAUUUGGCUUUUUUCUUUAUUGAAUCAAACGAAGCAACUUUACCAAGAGGAGAUUCUAAAAUUCCUUACGAAUAUUAUUUAAGAUUAAGAAAGAAUGAUAAUUGGAUAGGAUCCAAUAAAUUUGAAUAUGUUAUUGAAACUUCACCACCAAGUGAUCCAAAAUUUUCAAAAUUAUUUAUUGAUAAAAAUGGAGAUGAUUUCAAUUCAUCAAUAAUUGCAGAAAUCGUAUCUAGAAGCUAUAAAUCAUGGUUUCCCGCUUAUUAUGAUGUUAGAGAAAAUAGAAAUAGUUCUUCUUAUAAUUAUACAGUAUUAACAACACAAUCACACAUGAGUGGAUUAUGCUUUAUUUUAUGGCCUCCGAAAGUUCAUAUUUCUUUCCUUUUGAAAUGUGAAUUUGAGAUAAGAUGGGAUUAUAAAUAUUUUGGCGAAAUUUAUCGUAAAUGUUCCAACAAGAAAGAUUGGACUAAAGUUUCUUACGUUAAAGGAUCUAGUGAAUGGGGCAUGCAAUGGCUUGAUCCGGAGAGAAUUAAUACAUAUGGUAUCGUUACUAAACCUUCAUACGGAAGAGAUGGGCAGAUGAGAAAUGUUAUGUUUCGUCCUGAUUCGCCAUUUCCACCUAUUAUUCCUGCUUUAUACGUGGCAUACUUUGAUAGGAUUAUUGACGGAGGAGACCUAGAAGCUCACCAAUGUUUAAAAAGAACGAUUAUCUAUUUUUUUGUAUUAUUGGUUGUGGUGGGUUAUAUCUGUUAUGAUGAUCAAGAAAUUACCAAACCGGAUAAUGGGACUGCGAUUUCACAUGACAAUCAUACUGAAAUAACGAUCGAUUUUGAUGAAGAUGGAAAUAUCAUAACAGGAAUUCACACCAAUAAUCAAACGAAUGUAGAUGAUUACAACAAUGAGAAUAUCUUAUUGAUGAGCGAUGAAGGAAUUAAUCAAAGAUAUUGUGGAAAUGAUAAGUGUAAAUUUCUUUUCGUAUAUAAUCACCCAGAUGAUGAAACCUUGGCUAAUGAACAUAUGAGAAGUUUUACUCAACUUGCCAAAGCAUUAAAUCGUACAAUGGUCUUAACCAAUGUUGGGCAUUCGAAAAUUUCUUCAUGUAGAAAUUUUCCUUUUAAUUUUUAUUAUUCUAUAGAAUCACUUUUACAUGUAUUUCCGCAUGUUUCAUUUAUUUCACAAAAAAAUUUCAAACAAUGGACAAGGUUACGUCAUGAGAAACCAACUACUCAACAUAUUUUUGUUGCAGGUGGUGGAGUAAAUUCCACUAUUAAUAUCGUAAACCCAAAAUCUUUGGAAUCAAUUCAAAAAACAAAUUGUUUAGACCAAUUCGAAAUGAAAUUCGAUGAAGACACUAUUUUCAAAAAAAUUCGUACCGGUAAAGGAUUUUGGAAAUUAGAUGAAACUCGUUCAAAAUUUUCAAAAUUCUUGGUAGAUCAUUUAAAUGAAAUUGAUGAAGAAAUUAUUUUAUUAAAUCACGAUAUUCGUAAACCAUUUUUCCCUGGAAGCCUUCCUAAAAUAGAUUACUCGCAACUUAUUUUACAAGAAGCUGAUAGGAUCGUUAAUGAUUUACAACCUUUCAUCGCAAUUUAUUGGCGUUCGGAAAAUCAAAUUCCUCCUUCUUCUAAAUUACCUGAAUGUGCUCAGAGUUUGGUGGAAACUUUGAAAAGAAUUAAAACUAGUUUAGGAAUUGAAAAUGUUUAUUUUACUACCGAUUAUCCAAUUUCUUCUAGAGCAAACAAUCUAUCUUUAAAUGAAGAUUAUCAUAAAACAAUCGAAAUUUUAAAUUCUACGAUAAAGUUAAACACUUGGAAAACAAUGAAUCCUUUUAAAAAUCUUUUAGAAAAUAAUAUCGUUUUAAAAAAUACAAAAGAAUUUAAUGGACGUGGAAUUCAUAGGAUUUUAGAAAAAUUAAUUAUCAUUAAUUCGGAUUAUUUCUUAUCAAGUCCUCCAGGAUGUGGUGCUAGUUACAAAGAUGAUUUCAUCUUGUCGGUUACAAAUGCACGAUCAGGAUUAAUGAAUGAAGGAAACGAAAGACUUUUAAAUAUUAUUACGCGUUGGUAA